UAGACGUCGGAAAUUGAAAAUAAACGACCAGCGUGGCGGAGAGUGUUAACGCGUUUGCGGACAUUCACGCAAGUUAUGUGAUAGAUCUGUGAUAGAUACCAAUAGGCACAAUGUUGUUUCUAUUAAAAUCAUGCACCAACGUUAGCCAGGCUAGCCUGUCUGCAGUUCUGAAAGGUCAAUGGACACUAUCUGUUAAGGGUUUGCAUACGAGUGCAUUGUUGAAAUGCAAAGCAAAACAAGCUGAAAAUGCACCAAAAGGAACACAAGUUCAAGGAAUACCAUACUCAAAACUUGUUAUUGGAGUUCCAAAAGAAAGCUGGAAAAAUGAAAGACGUGUAGCUCUGUCACCAGCUGCUGCAGCUACUUUAAUCAAAAAAGGUUUUCAGGUUAAUGUAGAGAAAGAUGCUGGAUCUGAAUCAAAAUUCAGCAAUGCAGACUAUGAAUCUGUUGGAGCAAAAAUUACUGAUCUUUCUUCCUCUUUCCUUUCGGAUAUUGUUUUAAAAGUACGUGCACCAUCUGCUGCAGAAGUAGGGAAAUUUAGAGAAGGUAGUACUGUUAUAAGUUUUCUGUAUCCAGGACAAAAUCAAGAUCUUGUCAAGUCUUUAGGAGAUCGUCACAUGACUGUAUUUGCGAUGGAUUGCAUUCCAAGGAUUAGUAGAGCUCAAGUAUUUGAUGCGUUGAGUUCAAUGGCCAAUAUAGCAGGAUACAAAGCUGUUGUCGAAGCUGCUAAUAACUUUGGAAGAUUCUUUACAGGUCAAAUUACUGCUGCUGGUAAAGUUCCUCCUGCUAAAGUUUUGGUCAUUGGAGGAGGAGUUGCUGGUUUAUCAGCUAUUGGGACUGCCAAAAAUAUGGGGGCAAUUGUCAGAGCAUUUGAUACCAGAGCUGCUGUGAAAGAGCAAGUUGAAUCAUUUGGAGCUGAAUUCUUAGAAUUAAAUGUUAAGGAAUCUGGAGAAGGUGUUGGUGGUUAUGCAAAAGAGAUGUCGAAGGAAUUUUAUGAAGCCGAGAUGGCAUUGUUUGCAAAACAAUGUAAAGAAAUUGACAUUUUGAUAACUACAGCACUCAUUCCUGGAAAACCUGCUCCUCGUCUUAUUUCAAGGGCAAUGGUUGAAUCUAUGAAACCAGGAUCUGUAAUUGUAGAUUUAGCUGCAGAAGCUGGAGGAAAUGUAGAAACUACUCGUCCUGGAGAGUUGUAUAUUCAUAAUGGUGUAAUUCACAUCGGGUAUACUGAUUUACCCAGUAGACUUCCUACCCAGUCUUCAACUUUGUAUGCUAAUAACAUAUCAAAAUUCCUUUUAUCAAUAGGUAGCAAAGAUCAUUUCAAUAUUGAUUUGUCCGAUGAAGUUGUUCGUGGGUCUAUUGUAUUACAUGAAGGAAAGCUUCUUUGGCCUCCUCCUGUUCCCAAAGAAACAGCUGCUCCUGUUUCUGAAAAACCUGCUCCUGUUGCUAAAAUUCAACCUCCAGAGCCUAAUUAUUUCAAUCUGACAUUUAAGGAUUCGCUUAUGUACACCACUGGUUUAUCCACUUUAUUGGGCUUUGGAAUGGUAUCACCAAAUCCAGCUUUCACUACUAUGAUGACCAUAUUUGGACUAUCAGGAAUUGUAGGCUAUCAUACAGUGUGGGGUGUAACACCAGCACUUCAUUCCCCCUUGAUGUCUGUGACUAAUGCUGUGUCUGGCAUUACUGCUGUUGGUGGACUUCUGUUAAUGGGUGGUGGAGUUCUCCCUCACACUAUUCCUCAAGCACUAGGAGCUGCUGCAACAUUUAUGUCAACUAUCAACAUAUGUGGUGGUUUUCUAGUUACUAAGAGAAUGCUGGAUAUGUUUAAAAGACCGACUGAUCCCCCUGAGUAUAAUUACUUAUAUGGAAUACCAGGUACUGCAUUUGUUGGAGGCUAUGCUGCAUUGGCUGCAGCAGGUUAUCCUGAAAUCCAUCAAAUGGCUUAUUUGGGUUCAUCUUUAUGCUGCGUUGGAGCUCUUGCUGGCUUAGCUUCUCAAAAGACAUCACGUUUAGGAAAUGCUUUGGGUAUGGUAGGAGUAUCAAGUGGACUGGCAUCUACAUUGGGUGUUAUGAAUAUUCCUCCAGAGUUUGCUUUACAGAUAGCAGGAUGCAUGGCAUCAGGUGGAGCUAUUGGUUUGUAUAUUGCAAAGAAAAUUGAAAUCACAGAUCUGCCGCAGUUGGUUGCAGCUUUCCAUAGUCUUGUUGGUAUGGCAGCUGUACUUACCUGUAUUGCAACAUACAUUGUUGACUUUCCAACUUUUGCAACUGAUCCUGCUGCAAAUGCAAUAAAAACAGCAUUAUUUUUGGGCACGUUUAUUGGAGGAAUCACCUUCAGUGGCUCCCUUGUUGCAUAUGGAAAACUUCAAGGAUUGCUAAAUUCUGCCCCAUUGUUGUUGCCUGGACGUCAUGCUUUGAACUCUGGACUUCUAGCAGGAAAUGUAGCUGCUAUGGCAUAUUAUCUCAUGUCCGGCAGCAGUGCAGCUGGUUUAAGUUGUCUUGGAGCUACUAGUGCAUUAUCUAUGAUAAUGGGAGUUACAUUAACUGCAGCUAUUGGAGGUGCUGAUAUGCCUGUUGUCAUCACAGUAUUAAACAGCUACUCAGGAUGGGCACUUUGUGCUGAAGGUUUUAUGUUAAAUAAUAAUUUAAUGACAAUCGUUGGGGCUCUUAUUGGUUCAUCAGGUGCCAUUUUAUCAUAUAUUAUGUGCAAGGCCAUGAAUAGGUCUUUACCAAACGUCAUUUUGGGUGGUUAUGGCACUUCAAGCACUGGCAGUGGUAAACCUAUGGCUGUGACUGGAGUUCAUACUGAAUGUGAUGUAUCCCAAGCAGUGCAGAUGAUCAGAGAAGCAAAAAAUAUAAUAAUUACACCUGGAUAUGGGUUAUGUGUAGCAAAAGCACAGUACCCUCUGGCUGAGAUGGUAAAGAUGCUAGUUGACAAGGGAAAGAAAGUGCGUUUUGGAAUUCAUCCUGUUGCUGGACGUAUGCCAGGCCAGCUGAAUGUUUUAUUAGCAGAAGCAGGAGUGCCAUAUGACAUAGUACUUGAAAUGGAAGAAAUAAAUGAUGAUUUUAAAGAAACUGAUUUGGUUCUUGUCAUUGGAGCUAAUGAUACUGUAAAUUCUGCAGCUGAAGAAGAUCCUAAUUCUAUUAUUGCUGGCAUGCCUGUUCUUAAAGUUUGGCUUGCAAAACAGGUUAUUGUAAUGAAGAGAAGUUUAGGAGUUGGAUAUGCUGCUGUAGAUAAUCCAAUUUUCUACAAAGAAAAUACUGCAAUGUUACUUGGUGAUGCUAAGAAAACUUGUGAUGCGUUGCUCAACAAAGUUACAGAAGAGCUUGGAUCUUGAGUUCUGCUGUUAGAAUAAACUUUGUUGUUAAAAUAAAUAUUCACAGUGUAAAGUUAAGGCUGAAUGAGAGUCUUAUUUGGCCUUUCCUUUAACUGAUUUAUUGAUGCAUUAUGGCAACUCAUGCUAUGAAAAGAUUGUUUUCAUUACUCAUGAUCAAUCAUAUGGUUUUACCAAAAAAUAGAGGGAAGCAAUUUUUUUAAUGCUUGAAUUAAAAAUAAAUAGAAAUCAUGUUUUUAAAAUGUAUGAGUUGUGUAUUUUAAAUAGUUUCCAAUUAAUGUAAGUAUUUAAAAAUACAUAAAUAAAAUUUGAAUAAUUAUUUUUAUUUAUUAAGGCACAUAUUGACACUUCGAACAUAUUUAUACUAAAGAACAUUCAAAACACUUUUUUUGGUGAAUAUGUUUGAAUUUCAAAGUAUAUUCAUUGAUAAUGUUGAGAUGUUUUGUGUGUUCAAAAAAUAAUAAUACAUUUUAUGGAACUUAUUAUGUAUGAUAUUUACAUAAUAGGCAAAAUAUAUUUAAAGUUUGUCUUUCAGAAUAUGUAAUAUACAUGUCAAAAAUGUUUUGUUUUCUUCAUUGAUAAAUACAAGUAUUUUUAAAGUAACUGUCUUCACUAUGCAUUUAGUUAAAUUGUUUAUUAUAUUGAAUAAACACAAGUGUUAAACAAAUUGCUUGUGUUAUAAAAUUGUAAUAUAAUUUAUUUAUGCUUCCUUAAAUUGUAAAAUCCAUAAUUUUUAAUUGAUUGAAGCUAUAAAAAUCAAAACUUGGCUGAUUGAUUAUAAUUGGAUAUUUUAAAGAUUUUUUUAUGAAUUUUAAUAAUUUAAAUUGCAAGGGAAUAAAUGUAUUUAAAUGCUUUCUAAUCGUAAAAUUUGAUAAUAAUUUUCAUAUUUAAUCUGUAUUUGCAUGUGUAAUAUAUACUAGUAUUAAAUAUUUGAAAUGUAUUACACAUGUGGUGUGUAUUAACAAAGUGAAAAAAAUUAUAAUAAAUACUAUGAAUUUGAAAUUCAUAUCUAUGAAAAAUGAUUGUUCCUAAUAUUUUUAUAGCAUUAUGUCAAAUAAUAAUGCUCUCCCCCUUUUUUGCUUAUUAUUCAUAUGCUUUUUUUCACAUUGAUUUUUAGUGAUGUAGGACAUUUUAUACUUCUUUUAACAUUAUUCUGUGAACAUUGUGAUAUUUUCAGUCUGUUUAAAUAUUUUUGGCACUGUAAUUAAAGAAAAGCUUAGGAAUCAACCUUUUUGUUUAAGAUAACAUUAUUUUAAAUAAUGUUUAAGGUAUAAUGACCAUAUUGAUCAUAUUUUAAACCAAGGACUAAAAAUAAAAUGUCUUAGUAGUAAUCAUAUUUUAUGAAGAAAGGCAGAAAUGUAUAUUUAGUAUUCAAGAUAAAAAAAAAUCUUCAAAAUCACGUUUCUUCAUUAAAUUAUGAUAUUUGUGCAUGAAAAACACGCAUGCUUUAUUAUAAUUAAAAUAAGCAGAUGGCAUUGACCCUGUAUUUCCUGUUGAACAUUCAUAAAAACGUGAAAAUAAUUUUCAAACAUUAUGAGAUGAUUUUAUUUGAAAUUUGAAUGAAGGAUUUUUUGUUUAAUUUGUUAUAAUAAAAGAUUCUUAAUGUUACUCAUUGUACUGAAAGGUGCCAAUAUUUAAUUUUUUUUAUAUAAUCAAUAAAAUCUAGCUUUCAGAACUUUUGGCAUUUUAUUAAAUUCCUACUAUUUAUUAGCUCACAUUCUCUCCCAAUAUGUUCAAAUUUUUGAUCGUUAAUAAAAUACUUUUUAUUCAACCAAUCAAGUUCAAAUACAUUUUUAAAAAUUUCUAGUGGAUGACACUUGAUGUUAAUACAGUUUUUUCACAUAUUAAUUUUUUUUGUAUUUUAAAAAUUUUUCUUUGUUGACCUAAGUAGGAAUUGAUCUUAAUUUUUUUUUAUAUUACUUGUUUUCCAGAAAUUUCAGAUGUAUUAGAAAUCCAGAUAUAAGUAUAAACUAAACAAAUUAAGAAGUUUUAAUUUUUUGUAUCUUUGCACUUCAAUCCAUGAACAAAGUCUAUAAAAUAUAUUAUACAAAUGUGGUGGGUACAAAAAAUAUGUGCAAAAUUUAUAUACCAAGUAUUUUUCAAUGUAUGAUGGAACAAACAAUCCAGAAACCACUUGAAAGUUAUAUAAAUGUUAGUAUACCAUAGUUGCAACAUUAUAUAUAGAAUAUAAUGGGCAUAUUAUGGAACAUUUUUUAGAAUAUCAGAAAAAAAUGAAUUUAAUUUUAUUUAGAGUGAAAUUAUUAAUUCUUUCAAAGCAUCAACAGGAUGUCCCUUUAAACCCAAAACUCUAUAAUAUAACCACCAGAUGUCUUACUAUUUAGUUUCUAACUCUGCACCACCAGAUUUCUUGAUUGGAAUACAUAAAAAAGGCUAAAAAACAGUAACUGUACAAAAGAAAAGUUUGACAUUAUAUCCGAUGCAUGAAAAAAAAAAAAAACUUUAGGACACACAAACAUCGGUAUCGGUAUAGAGAGGAAGAUGUCUAAAAUGUCUGUGUAAAUACUAACGUUCAUGUUUCCAAUAAAACUUUGUUCCCUUUGCACCAGAUAUUCAUACUUUUUUUUUUUUUUUUUGUAUUUAUCUCAAAAACUAUGGGCCAUACAGGUACAGCUCUUUAGGCAUUUUUUUUAUGUAUUUCAAGCAAGGCAUCUGGCCUUGAAGAAAUUAAUUGGUCUUAAUGGGACAUCCUGCACAUUAGCUCAGAAUUGUUUUAUACUGCAUUAAAUUUUUCAGAAGCUGUGUAGUCAUAGGUCUGAAAUACGGUAAAAGCAUUUAUAUUAAAUUUCAAUACUCUUAUUUUAUCAUUUUAAAUUAAAAUAAAAAUGCUAAAAUGGAAACCGGGAAAAAUUGAUUAUUUGAUACUGUUAAUGAAAUAAUAAUGCAAGGAUCGAAACUGGUUUCUUGAUUGAUAAGUAGUUUUUAAUAUAUAUAUUAUACUCUGUUUUAUUAAGACAAGUGUAAAUGAUAUACUUUUAAUGUUUUUAGUCUUUCAUUGAAUUUUUUAAUAACAUAAAUGAUGGAAGUACCUGCAGCGGUACUUCGGUAUACAUCAUUAAUCCCAGAGGUAGCUGUACAUUUAUUAUUGUAUUUUUGUGCAAAACUGAUUUUAGCAUUGUUUCGAUAGAGCUAAACAAGAGGAGUGUAUGACUAAUCAAAUCUGAAUCAUUUUUUAAACAAAAAAUUUCACAUCCAAACAAGUAUCCCAAGUUGGACUUAUUCUAAAGUGAGCAUAUACCGAGGUACCACUGCAUUCAGUUUUUGACAAAACUAUUUACUGAAAUGCAUCAUAUGUGCUGUUUAUUGUCUUUCCUGCAUCCUAUUUAAUUUAUUAGACAUUCAAAAUAAGUAACUAUUUUUUAAGAAUGCUAUGUACCAUGCUAUUGAAACUUAGAAUUUCUUUAUAUUGCACAUAAAAUUGUACUUUAGUUAAGAGAAUUAUAUGACACAUUUAGUGAAAUGUACAAAUAAUGAAUAUUCUUCAAGUAAAAUCUGCAUUUAUUGAAAUGUAUUUACAUACUGUGAUAUUAGUGACAUGUAUUAUAUAUUAGAAAACUGUAUUAUUUCCUUCUUCAAAACUUAUCCAUCAUGUACACAGAAUGACCAGAAUUCAAAUAAAAUAUCUAAAUCAAUUUUUAAUUAUUAAAAAAAUGUUGCCUCUUUAAGUAAGGAUAUUUACCUAAUAAAAAUGACAUUUAUGAU